UUGGACCUGAAUUAUGUCACGUCUGAACGUCUUAUUCGAAUCAUGUUUGUUACGAACCGAACUCACGCUCCUGAUUACGUGAAUUGAUGGCUGGCUAGGAUGGAUGGAUGGAUGUUGAUACCCUCUUUUGAAUCAUUAAUCUUUCUGACUUUGCUAAUCUGCUUCCUUCGGACCAUGUACUUAUUCCUGGCUUCUGUCAAUAUCCCCCUAUUCUACGCUGCACGUGUGUAUGUAUGUACGUAUGUAUGCGUUGGCUUUUUUAGUAGUUACUGAAACUAAUCUGAUACCCUUCUAAGGAAUAUCUCCCUGGUUGGA